CCGAGUGAGGGAGGAAACUUGCUCUCGUCCGUUCAUUCUACCUACCACUGCGGCUCCACUCCCACCCUGACAGUGAGUUGCGCUCCACCACCUCAUUCACUGCUUAUAGAGGGCUCGUGCCUGUGAAUGAGUGAGUGCCCGGGAAGGAAGAUAGUGUGAACUGUGAAGCUUGGCGUGGAUCAAGAAAGAUAACACUUGGUUCUAGUGAGCGACAUACCACGUAAGGUGGCCGCGUUGUUUUGCUGUUGUGACUACUGUGCUUAGCUGUCUAACAGCAUUAAGUUCUAAACAGAUUUGUAAAGGAGACGUGGGGGGUAUUAAAUAAGAAAACAAUUAUACAAUUAAAUUACAAGAUUGUGAGGAUAGUGUUUGUAACUCAAUCUAAAAGCAAAGUGCACCUAAUUCUAUCCUAACGCUAACAGGCGAUGGGCGAAACACCUUCAUAACCUUCAUAAACAAAGAAGAGUAGAGAGGAGGCACAGGAGCAAGAGGCAGCAUGAGGCAACGGAAGGAGCGGCGGGGGCAGCUCAGGAAACACUGACACCUGACCUGCCGAUACCUGGAAACGAAAAAGAGUGGGAGCAUGCUGCGUGGCGGUGUGGCGGCGGCGUGCGUGGUGGCGGUGGUGAUAGCGAGCACUGUCACUGGAAGCUCUUUACCCCACACAGAAUUAUCCACAUCACCAGUGUCAUCACCCAACACCCUUGAACACCGCAGCACCACCAGCAGCACCACAUCAGUGACGACAGGAGAAAAUCAGAGAAAUUCCAGUCAGUCUGAAGUAGCGGAGGAGAGGAAAUCUCGGCAGGACGUCAGGAGUAUAUUUGGCCAGCCAGGCGGGGAGGAUCUUAAUCUCUCUCCCGCGCAGAUAAAGGCGCUGAGAAAGUUGCUGCUUACUCCCGAUAUGUCGCUGAACGUGACGGUAAACACCUCAGGAGACGGCAGAAACCUGGGGGAAGAGGUUCGGUGGCAGUGCUUCUUGGAGUGGCUUCGGACCCACAGUUACAAAGCCAGGAAAGAUCCGAGGACUUGUAAUGGCGAGCAGCAGAGCGGCAUAAUGAAAGGAAAAGGCAACAAGGAGUGCAUGCCAGUACUACUGCUGGUCGUGCCUGCGCUAUGCAACGGAACGCAGAGCUGUGUUAACUUGACGGAGACGUCCAUAGAGGAGCUGCUGCACCGCUAUGUGGUCUACGAGAGAAAAAGAAAGCGACAGGAGGAGGCUGAUGACGCUGUGAUCUACAUAGUGGUAGUGCUCGCCUUCUACUCGUUUGGUAUAGUGUUUAUGAUCGCCAACUUCGUGCGGCAAGAGCAGCGGGAGCUGGAAGAAACCAAGAUGUACAAGCAGUACGUGAAGCUGGCCCGGGACCGCUGGCUGACCACGCGAGGCAAUAUGGCCAAUAAGCUGGCCCUGCAGGCCCUCAACACCUUCAACGCCAUUCCUCAGACCACAGACGUCAACAAGGUCACCUUCGUCUGAGCACAGUGGCGGGAAGAUCGUCCCACCAGUCUAGACCGUCCUGCCACACUCCCAGCAAAGCUUGUAGCAGAGCAUCAGUUUGGGAUUUAGAGGUGAACACGGAAACACCGGUACUAAAUGUGUUUGUAGUGAAGUGUUAAUACCAGGUAAGGGCAAAGACCUGGGGAGGCAUCUCAGCAGACAUACCCGUACUAUUUACCUUUGGUGUUGCAUACAUACUAAUCAAUUUACACGUUAUGAAGUGUUUUACAACCAGAAUUGAAGUAGUUUAUUAUUGUCUUAGUCAUGUUUAUGUGUAUCUCUCGCAUAUAUACCCUUUGGUGUUACCAUAUUUUGUUGCUACUGAUUUAAAUAGAAACCAUUCACGCGGAGAGAGUGACGAGACGCGACCCACAGGUACAUGUCAGGACGGGGAGAUUGCAGCUUUGGUAUAUUCUUCAAACUCUCGUCCUGUUGGUGACAAAUCCCUAGCGUGUCAUCUUCACUGAUUUCCUCAUUUGUUUUCAUUGGAAACCAAAGUGACUCAAGAAAUCAUUAGGAGCAGUAAUGGACGACCAUCUGUUUUUUUGCUGAAGUAGACUAGAUCGCUGGUAACCCGACCUCCCCGCUUCGCCCAAUCAGGCCUUGAAGCGCCUCACCUUCUAUAUGCUGACCACGUCACUGCGAUGGCACGCCGGGGCUGCGGUCGAGAGUUUUCCGUCCCAUACUGUUCCUUAAUGUAUUGUCAGAAUAUACUCAUCUGGGGCACAGCUGGCAUGCACCUACGACAUGUCCUUCCUUCCCAGCCGAGCUUGUAAGAUAAGUCAUAUGGAGAAAAGAGGACAUUGUAAAAUUGAUAUGUCUCCCAGUGAAGGCACAGGGAGGGUAUCUGGUAAUGUUACCCACCCCUUGACCUGGUGCAGGUAUUGGGGUAACAUCGGAGGGAUUAAUCAUCUAUGUACAGAAUGAGCCUUCAUAACAGAUCAAGCCUUCACAGCAAAUCGAUCAAGCCUUCGCUUCAGGACGAGCAGUCACUACAGCAAGAGCCGUCACCACAGGACAAGUCGACACUACUGUAGGUUCCUCACUUCUCGUCGCCUCACUUUUCUCAGUCACUUACUUUUCUGUAUACGUACAAUGAAUUUUCCCCAUUCAGAUACUAUAUAAUGUAGUACAUCAUGUAAUGAGCCCUUGUGGACAUGGUGUUAUACAUGUAUAUGUUACUGUGUAAUGUUCAUACAUAUGUAUAUGGUAUUCUGAUUUAAUGUUAUAUCACCAAAGGCUGGGAAGCAGGAACAAUUAGUUUUAGAGGAUAGAGUGAAGGGGAUGUCCUUCCAAUGAGGGGUAGCUUAG